AUGAAGUGUCUGCUUUUAUAUAAAGGAAAUUCAAAGAAUCCUAGAUCUGUACAUAAAUUGUUAUCGGUGUUCAUUUCUGGAGGAAUCAGCUGCAAUAAUCCCAUGUCUUGUUACGAUUCUGAGGCUUGUGGAGAUGAUAACCAUAGUUUUCGCCCCUCAGUGUGCAGUCGGUCGUCUCGAGAGUCUCCUGUUCAGAAUGGGAAUUUGGAUACUGAAAGGAAUAUUGGCACCGGUUUGUCCAGUAACUUGUUUUGGCGCAGCAGAAGUCAGCCUCCGUUUGGUGAAACUGUGAACCACAUGAAUGCAGCUUGUGGACCUAGUUUUCUCAAUACAGAGUCUAACCAACAAGUAUCUGCUAUUGGUCCUACUGAUUCUGUUCAUACACUGGGAAGUUCACACUACACAACUGGAGUUGGUCUUUCCAACAGCGCCCGUUCUGUUGAUAAUGUUCCUGGCUUACUAAGUAGUAGUAGCAGUAACAGUAGUCUAGUCGGAAGAUAUCGUACAAUAAGUGGAGUUAAUUCACGCCCACAGUCAAUUGAUCCGUCUACAUGUGAAUCUCAUUUGUCUCGUUUACUAAGGUUUGGUUCACUUCGAUUUGAUGAAACUAUCACAGAUGUAACUGAGACAUCAACCAGGAGGCAGGAUUCUCCUUUGGGUGACUAUUCAAAUGAUGAAUUUCCCGAACUUCCUGUUAGAUUAGGAUCAGGUCCUUGUAAUUUCCGCUCAGCCGCUAGUUCAUCUGCGAAUGCUAGUCCAUCUGUUACUUCAAAUGCACCGUCUACACCUAAUAACACCUCAGAAUCUCAGGAACAGACACAAUGUAAUUCCCCUAUCACUCCUACACACGUAUCUUCGAUCUUGCCGUCAUCCAGUAUUAUCACAAAUGCUGACUGUAAUACCGAACACUGUACUGGUUCAGUAACUCAAGUGAGCUGCUCAGUCCCCACUACCGAUAUUCCUAGUUCUGAAACGACUAGCGUUUUUGUUCCGCCAACUCCAAAACAAUGUUCUGUCAAGUUUCCUAAACGUGGGGAGCUAGACAGUCAAAGAGGUUCAAUCGGGUCAAGCUCUAAUUAUCAACCAGAGGCUGAUCAUGAUUUUUACCAGAACGAUUGUUUCUCAUCUAAAGUAUCUAAUCAGAGCAGUGAUUAUGUGUACAGAAUGUAUGCUAAAUUAAAUGAACUUCGUUGUCAAGGCCUGUUUUGUGAUGUGGUUUUACAAGCUGGUUCAACAAAAAUACACGCUCAUCGUAAUGUGUUGGCAGCUAGUUCUCAGUAUUUUCAUGCAAUGUUUACAAGCCCAAUGACUGAAUCCCGAUCUCCUUGUGUACAUUUUCAUGGAAUUGAAGGAUCAGCGCUUACCCAGUUAAUUAACUUCAUUUACACCAAUGAAAUUAGUGUGAAUGAAGAAAAUGUGCAAACCCUCUUACCAGCUGCAAAUUUAUUACAGCUUACAGCAGUUCGUGAUAUAUGCUGUGAAUUCUUGCAGUCUCAACUGCAUCCUAGUAAUUGUUUAGGUAUUCAAAAGUUCGCUGAUUUACAUAACUGUCAAAAUUUACUCGAUUUUAGUCGGCGUUUCACGGAGCAACAUUUCGGUGAACUACUGGAACAAGAUGAUGAAUUCUUGAAAUUGGAUUCAGAUCAGCUUGUGGAAUUAAUUUCAAGCGACAGGUUAGCUGUUUCAGAAGACCAAGUUUUUGAAGCUGUUCUUCGAUGGAUUGCACAUAAUCCAAACGAGAGACAAAUAGAAGCUCAAAAACUCUGCUCACAUGUCCGAUUCGCCUUUUUACCACGCGAUUAUUUAGCAUGCCUAAGCCGGUCGGAUGCUUUUUUAACCGCGAAUCCUUGGUGUAAGGACUAUUUGAUUGAAGCACUUAGUUAUCAUUUAUUACCAUGGGACCGAAAACUACGGAUGGCCUCUGAACGCACAAAGCCACGAAUCCCAGAUAGGUUACCAAAAAUUCUACUUGUUGUAGGUGGACAAUCACCCAAAGCCAUCCGAUCUAUUGAAUGUUUCGAGUUUCAGGAAGGUUCUUUGAACUCUCUACAGACGAGUAAUCGUUCUGAUCCAGUUGUAGGUAGUCCAUCUACUUCAUCUCAUUCUGUUUCAAUGGAAUCCAUGAGUCUAGCAGUUCGCAGUGUUAAUUUCAAUGAUAGUGGUUCAAAUUCUGAUGCAACAAUUAUAUCAGACCUUCCAAGUAGGCGCUGUCGCGCUGGCGUGGCUGUUGUAGAUGGUUUAAUUUAUGUUAUCGGUGGAUUUAAUGGUACCUUGCGUGUACGUUCUGUCGAAGUUUUUGACCGUAUACGCAACACAUGGCAUUCUGGUCCAAAUAUGGAAUUUAGACGAGCAACCUUAGGUGUUGCUGUUUUAAAUGGCUUGAUUUAUGCAGUAGGCGGUUUUGAUGGGAUUGUCGGUCUUAAUUCUGCCGAAGUUUUGGAUGUAUGGUCAGGUAGCUGGCGAUCUAUCCCAUCUAUGGCAUGUCAGAGGUCUUCAGUAGGCGUAGGUGCUGUGGACGGUAAACUAUAUGCUGUUGGUGGGUUUGAUGGAACAGUACGUCGUUGUCUUUCAACUGUGGAAUGUUAUGAUCCAACUACUAAUGCUUGGUGUAUGGUAUCCGAAAUGGCAUUCAGACGAAGUGGGCCUGCAGUUUGUGCGCUGAAUAACCGUCUUUAUGCUGUUGGUGGUCACGAUGGUCCAGUAGUACAAGUUUCGGCUGAAGUUUAUUCUCCUGAAACAGGAGUCUGGCAGCGUAUAGCUGAUCUGAAUGUUAAACGUAGAAAUGCAGGAUUGGUUGCACACGAUGGAUUUCUUUACGUGAUUGGUGGUGAAGAUGGCGAAACUGAUUUAACCAGUAUAGAAAAGUACGACCCUGCUACAAAUACAUGGGCUUUACUUCCAACUAACCUUAGAAUCGGUCGAAGUUACGCUGGUGUUAUUAUCAUGGAACGUAAUGCUAUCUAA